AUGGAUGAGGUAAAAAACAUUGAGGAACUGUGCCAUGAAAUGGAUCGUUUGGAUAGUGAAGAAAAUCCCGAGCUGAACAGAUUUACAUCAACCGAUGGUCUGAUCAGUCAUACCGUCCAGGGAAAUAUUCUUUGCUGUAAUUCAGGCAGGAGGUCGAAUCUUGAGUGGAGCGCCACCGUGGACGAGAGCAGAUUCAGUGAUGAGCUGUUGAAAAGAGCCCAUAAGACGUCCUCACCUGUCAAUCUCCUGCACACACUGUCAGCUGUCAAUCACGCGGAGCUGCCCAGCUGCUCCUUCACACACCACACACUCAGAGAUCACAGCAGGUUACUGGGUGAAACUGCCUUCCAGCUGGACCGGCGAAUCCUCUCACAUGUUUUCCAGGAACAGUCUAGACUGUAUGGAUUCACCGUGCAGAACAUACGGGAUAAAAUAGAGCAGGUCUCCAUUCACCCCCUGACCGGGAUUGUGGAUGAAGCUUACAAGUUCCAGCUGUUGGAGAGACACACAGAGAUCAUGAACAGGCUUCAUACGCUGGGCUAUAACACGCGUCUACACCCUCCCUUCAGCGAGUUGAUUGUCAACACCUACGGGAUCCUGAAGGAGACGCCUGGUGCCCAGGAACGGGCCUACACCAACCCUGAGUUUUUGCAAAGGGUGAUUGUUGAAACUGCCCCGUCCCGGUUGCUGAAGGAUCUUCUGCUGCUGCUCAGCUGCUUGUGUUUCAUGGCACGACUGGAUGGACGGAGUCUGUUCCUGUGGUAGAAACGUGUGUCUCAAUCCACAUGUCCCAUCCUGCUUUGCUCCUUUCUGAAAAUAAACAACU